AUGGCCGAGUUGCACUGGAGCACGAACCAAUACAUUGGUGACCUGGAGAACAGCUGGGAGGCCAGAAAAGGGAACUUCAAUGAUGGUGAGACCAUCCAGAUUACAGCUCCAGCAGACUCGUUGUAUGGAGCCCAUGGCUUUGUGCCGCUUACCGAUGUCGAACCAGCAUCAUCUGAAAGAAACUACAGAGUGCUUCGAAAAUGGCUCUCUACCUGUAUAUCCAGCCAUCAAGGGUGCCGUGUAUCACACUCCAUGACAGAAAAGUCAACUCAGGAGACCACGGUGCUACCGACUAGAGUCGUCGAUAUAGGCGAUCUCAAAGAGCACCGGUCUAAGCCGCGGCUUUUUAUAUCGAAUAAGGCGUCAGGACAGUACAUUGCUCUGAGCCAUCGUUGGAGCAAAUCAAUUGUCACAAAACUGAAGGGUGAAAACCUCAGCCAAUACCAGAAAGAGCUCCCAGUGAAUGAUAUGCCGCCAACAUUUCAGGACGCUAUAGAAGUGACACGCCAACUUGGUUUCCGUUAUCUUUGGAUUGACUCGCUCUGCAUCAUACAAGACGACGAGCCUGAUUGGUCGAAAGAGUCCCAUAUGAUGGGGAGUAUCUUUGAAGAGGCUAGUUGCACUAUCGCUGCUGUCGAUUCCGUGGACGACAAUGGGGUCGACCACGGUUUGUUCUUACCACGAGACACUAAUUCUCCUUCAGUCAAACUCACAAUUCCCUACAAUAAAGAACCUCUCAGCAAGCUAUCCCAACGAGUAUUCAAAACCCAUGCGGCAGUCUAUGUCUGGAAGAUGCGAUGGUUAAGGGAAAUACCAACCAAGAAAAUUUGUGACAAAAACACUAUCACGAUUCGUCCACGCAUUGUGUCGUCCCGGAGACGUAUUCCACGGUCCAACUGGCAUAAAAGGGGCUGGGUAUUGCAGGAGAGGUGCCUCUCUCGACGGCUGAUAUAUUAUACCAAGAGUAAGCUCUCCUGGUCUUGCUUUACCCAAAGUGGCGAGGAGGAGGGCGGUGAUCCCCAAGAGGCUGACAGGAUCCCUCUGAUUCCGCUGCGGAGAGAAAGUGAUGAUUCACUAUUCAACAUUUGGCAGGGUAUUGUUUCAGAUUACCAAGGCUGCCAGCUGACGUUUAGCAAAGACAGGCUGGCCGCUGUUGCUGGUAUUUCUGCUCGGUUAGAAGCCAAGUUUCCGUGCAAGAUCUACGCCGGAAUCCUGUUCCACUCACCUGGCGACGCCGCGGAGAAUUUGCUCUGGUAUGCCAGUAAGACACCUCUGCGGACCUUUAACGAGUUCCACGCGCCAUCAUGGGCCUGGGUUGCUUUUAAUGGCGAGAUAUCGUUCUUCAUGCCAACACCACGUGGAGCUGGCGAGCUUUUGGUAGACAGGCUAGACUUCAAGAUUCGUAAUCAGUGCGAGUCGGUGGACCCAUCAAAAGAUUGCAAAGGAACUUGUGUGUCUGGGAGUGUUUCUUUUGAAGGUCCGGCCGGAAAACUUACUCGGGGAGGCAAGCUGAAGGAUUUAAAAGUUGCGGGAGGUCCAGUCGAUCCGAUUAACGAACGAAAGAUCCUGGCUAAGAUCCUAGGCCAUUCUCUUAUGCCAGGUAUGGCGAUACCGCGGUUUGACGAAUUGGGAAGCAUGGUUCGAAUGCCAUAUAACUUGCCAGUGCCAGAUCACACAGAGAUACUGAAAGAUGAAUGCGGCUGCAUCAUCGGAUUUUUCAUACCGGACCUUGAGGAAGAGCUUGAGCAAGCCACAGUUGAGACUUAUGGCUGA